AGGACGAAGGAGGCAGUGAAGGAGGCGAGGAGGCGAGAAGGACAUCUCCACAGUAGGUGCCAUCAUACUGAAGCAGGUGUCCAACAUGGCGAACGCAGGCUGCAGCUCUCUGGCGACUAUUCUCUUUUUAUUCGUCUUUCCGGCGGCUCUUCGACAAGGAGCUGCACAGAUUCCAGUGGUGAGCCAGAACCUGGUGACGGACAACGUGUCGGUGGUGGAGGGCGAGAUGGCCAUCAUCAGCUGCCGGGUGAAGGACAACGACGACUCGGUCAUCCAGCUGCUCAACCCCAACAGACAGACCAUCUACUUCCGAGACAUGAGGCCUCUAAAAGACGCCCGCUUCCAGCUGGUCAACUUCUCCGACAACGAGCUGCGGGUGUCCCUGUCCAACGUGUCGCUGUCGGACGAGGGCCGCUACGUGUGUCAGCUGUACACUGACCCCCCGCAGGAGGCCUACGCUGACAUCACCGUGCUGGUUCCUCCAGGCAACCCCAUCAUCGAUGCCCGCGAUGAGGUUCUGAGCGAGGGCAACGAGACGGAGAUGACCUGCAGCGCCAUGAGCAGUAAGCCUGCCGCAACCAUCAGAUGGAUGAAGGGCGAUAAGGAGCUGCCAGGAAAGCCUAAGGUGGAGCUCACGUACGACAGGAUGUACACGGUGACCAGCCGGCUCACGUUCACCGUCAACAAGGAGGACGACGGCGUACCCGUGGUUUGCAUCGUGGACCACCCGGCGGUCAAGGACUUCCAAGCACAGAAGUACCUGGAAGUGCAGUACAAACCCGAGGUUAAGAUCAUGGUGGAGUUUCCUCAGGGUCUGACGAGGGAAGGAGAGAACCUGGAACUAUCGUGUCAAGCCAAAGGCAAACCUCAACCACAGCGAGUCAAAUGGGUGAAAGUGGACGACGACGUGCCGUCCCACGCCGUCAUCACCGGCGCCGACCUUUACAUCGAGAACCUCAACAAGUCCUACAAUGGAACCUACCGCUGCGUGGCGGCCAACUCGCUGGGGGAGUCUUUCGACGAGUACAUCCUCUACGUCUACGACACCACGCCCAGCACUGAACCUGCAGCUCAUGAUUCUCGAGCCGGAGAAGGAGCCCCCAGAACGGUGGACCACGCAGUGAUCGGAGGAGUCGUAGCCGUGGUGGUCUUCGCCAUGCUGUGUCUACUCAUUGUCUUGGGACGCUACUUUGCAAGGCACAAAGGUACCUACUUCACGCACGAAGCCAAAGGGGCGGACGACGCCGCAGACGCCGACACGGCCAUCAUCAACGCCGAGGGGGGCCACACCAACUCUGACGAGAAGAAGGAGUACUACAUCUAAUCAAAGCAGGACCACCCCACCCCCCGCAUCUUUUAGUGUCCACUUUAUCGGACACGGCCCUUUCUGGAGGUAGGGGGGGAGGGAGGGAGGGAGGGAGGGGGUUGGGGUUUUUGAGAGGAGAUCCAAGAUGGGAGGAAAGACACAGUUCUUUUGUCUAGUCUAGUCCGCAGAUGUAGGUGGAAUGUUUUUGUGUGUUUCAAAAAAAAUAAUAAUAGUAAUCAAAAACGGACAGUUUUUAGGAAGCAGGCGGGGGUGGGGUGCCAGAAAUCACUGUAGAGCGCUUCUUCACCGCCCUCCCUCUCAGCCACACCUUUUUUUCCCCCCCCUUGUUGUCCAGUCCAAACAUUUUUGCAGAAAAUUCUGUGCCUUGUUCGGGUUUUUAUUUAAUUUUAAUUUUUUUAUUUUUUUGUCGUCGUGUGUGCAUAAUAACCCCGCCCCCUUUCCCGUUGUGGUGUUUCUGUCACGAGGGUUUCAAGGUGACGCGACUCCUCCCCUAAGACGUGUCGCCUGCGUACCAAGACUCCAGUAUACUGUGAUGACAAAUGCAUGGAAUGCUUUACCAUUAUUGUACAUAAUAAUGAAGAAGUGAUGGACUUGUAGAUGCCCCGCCCCCUCACGAUCAACAACACCCGUUUAGACUGAAGGCAGCAAAAGACGAACGUUUUAGAAUCCCUCCUUUUCUUAAACCGACACAUUCACGCUCGAGUGCAUUUUCGAUUCAGAGGGGUUUUUUUUCUUUGUUUGCCAGUAGGAAGGCAAAAAUACGUUGACGUUAAAAUUUUUGUUUCGAAAAAUGGCCGCCCGAUCGUCAUCUCACAACUCAUACAAAAGUAAAUAGCAAGUCGAUGUAUUAUACACAAAUCCUUACGACAAACUAUUUUUUACAGAUUCCUAGAAAUAGAACGGCUAUGGUGAUUAUUAUUGUUGUCAUGGUAAUUAUUGUUAUUGUCGUCAUGCUCAUUUUCCAUUUUAAUUCGAUCCAUUUUUGCCCACAUCGUUAUAGUUUCGCUCACAUUAACGUCCGCAACCCAUUUCUUGCUUUACGUGUAUCGCCUGCCAGAGCAAAUUUUAUUACGUUUUUUUUUUUUUUUUAACGAAGCUCAGACGAUCGCCAAAAGUCAUAAGUCAUAAAUCGAACUUUAAUACGCGAGAAGGCACUAGCUUCCGAAUGUCACCAAAUCAAAUGUGUUAUCGUAGCAUGCCGAACAAAUCUUGAUCAUCUUGUUACUCGGAAAAAUCGCACCGGACUCUAAUUUCACAUUGACUGUUGUAGCUGACGAGCAUGUUUCUACAAAUGUUGUCUUUUUUUGGAAAAAGAAAAACGUACUUAUUUGUUGUGAUUCUGGAAAAAAUUUGCAAAAUUCAAAAGCGUUUUAUUGGACGCCGUUAUUUUGCGGCAGUUGUGGUCUGCUUGAAACGUGAAAACAUUGUAACGAAGCAACAGCAAAAAGGCCCCAAAAAUGCGUUAAAAAAUGUUUAACGUUAUUUUACGUAAAUUAGACAAAAAUACCAUUAAAAUCAAACAAAAAAGUGUGGCUUUUUUAAUUGUCUACAGGUUUUUAGAAUAGAUCGGAAUAAAAAGACAACAUUUUUAGCACAAUUUGGAGAUACGUACAUGUUUUACAUAUUUCGGAAUAUAAGAGAAAAAAACGGAAAAUUCUGAGAACACAAAAUCUGCGAAAAAAGUAAAAUUUGCCAUUUGUUUUUUUUUACGAAGCUCAGACGAUCACCAAAAGUCAUAAGUCAUAAAUGGAACUUUAAUACGCGAGAAGGCACUAGCUUCCGAAUGUCACCAAAUCAAAUGUGUUAUCGUAGCAUGCCGAACAAAUCUUGAUCAUCUUGUUACUCGGAAAAAUCGCACCGGACUCUAAUUUCACAUUGACUGUCGUAGCUGACGAGCAUGUUUCUCCAAAUGUUGUCUUUUUUUGGAAAAAGAAAAACGUACUUAUUUGUUGUGAUUCUGGAAAAAAAUUGCAAAAUUCAAAAGCGUUUUAUUGGACGGCGUUAUUUUGCGGCAGUUGUGAUCUGCUUGAAACUUGAAAACAUUGUAACGAAGCAAGAGCAAAAAGGCCCCAAAAAUGCGUUAAAAAAUGUUUAACGUUAUUUUACGUAAAUUAGACAAAAAUACCAUUAAAGUCAAACAAAAAAGUGUGGCUUUUUUAAUUGUGUACAGGUUUUUGGAAUAGAUCGGAAUAAAAAUACAAAAUUUGUAGCACAAUUUGGAGAUACGUACAUGUUUUACAUAUUUCGGAAUAUAAGAGAAAAAAACGGAAAAUUCUGAGAACACAAAAUCUGCGAAAAAAGUAAAAUUUGGCAAUACGUGUUCUACACAUUUUGAUAAAAAGAAAAAACUUUUGAAACUUUGUAGGUAACAGAAACAUUUGUUUUAGUUUUUUUUUUUUAUAUUUUAGAUUAGAAGAAAGAAAAACUGAAAAUUUAAAGAUAACACAAAAUCUGAGAAAAAAAAGUAACAUUUAUUUGGCGAUACAUGUUUCACAUAUUUUCGAUUAAAAGAAAGAACACUUUUGAAAGUUAAAAGUAACACAAACAUUGGAAGAUUUUUUUCGAGAAGUAUGUUUUGCGUACUUCAGAUUAGAAGAAAGAAAAACUGAACACAAAAUCGGAAAAAAGUAACAUUUGGCGAUACGUGUUUCACAUAUUUCAGAUUAAAAGAAAGAAACAAGAAACUUCAACGUAAUACAAAAAUGUGAAUAUUUUUUUCGAGAAGUAUGUUUUGCGUAUUUUGGAUUAGAAGAAAGAAAAAUUCUAAAUUUGGUGAUAACACAACAUUUUCGGAAAAAUAACAUUUGGAGAUACAUGUUUUACAUGUUUCGGAUAAAAAGGAAGAACACUUUUAAAACUUCGUAAGUAACACAAAAAUGUGAAUAUUUUUUUCUGAGUUAUUAUGUUUUACAUUUUUUCAGAUUAGAAGAAAAACUGUAAAUUUGAAGUUAACACAAAAUCUGGAAAAAAGUUACAUUUGGAGAUACAUGUUUCACAUACUUUGAUAAAAAGAAAAAAGUUUUGAAACUUUGGGAAAAAAAUUGAAAUUGUUCUGUAAUUUACGAAGUAUUUAAAAAAAAUUCAGAUUAGAAGAAAAACUUUAAAUUUGAAGAUACAUGUUUCACAUAUUUCAAGUUAAAGGAAAGGAAACUUUUGAAACGUCGUAAAUAACACAAAAAUUAGAUUUUUUUUGUUUCUAAUUAUGUUUUGAAUAUUUCAGAUUAGAAGACAGAAAAACUGUGAAAAUUUGAAGAUAACACAAAAUAUGAGAAAAAAGUAACAUUUGGCGAUACAUGUUUCACAUAUUUCAGAUUAAAAGAAAGAACAUUUUGAAACUUCAAAGUAAUACAACAAUUGGAAGAUUUUUUUCAAUAAGUAUGUUUUGUGUAUUUUUGAUUAGAAGAAAGAAAAAAUUUAAAUUCAGUGAUAACCCAAAAUUUGAGGAAAAAUAACAUUUGGAGAUACAUGUUUUGGAUAAAAAGGAACAUUUUUGAAACUUCGUAAGUAACACAAAAAUGUGACUAUUUUUCGGAGUUAUGUUUUAAAUUUUUUCAGAUUAGAACAAAAACUGUAAAUUUGAAGAAAACACCAAAUCUGAAAAAAGUAACAUUUGGAGAUACAUGUUUCACAUACUUUGAUAAAAAAAAAUUUUUUUUUGAAACUUCGUAAGUGACAGAACAACUUCAAUAAAAAAAAUUAUAAGUAUAUUUUGCACAUUUCAGAUUAGAAGAAAGAAAAACUGUAAAUUUGAAGAUAACACAAAAUCUGAAAAAAGUAACAUUUGGCGAUACAUGUUUCACAUAUUUCAGAUUAAAAGAAACAAAACUUUUGAAAGUUCAAAGUAAUACAAAAAUUGGAAGAUUUUUUUCGAGAAGUAUGUUUUGCGUAUUUUGGAUUAGAAAAAAAACAAAUUAAAACAUCGGUGGUAACCCAAAACUUUGGGAAAAAUGACAUUUGGAGAUACAUGUUUCACAUGUUUCGGAUAAAAAGAAGGAACAUUUUUGAAACUUAAUAAGUAACACAAAAAUUAGAUUUUUUUUUUUUCCGAGUUAUGUUUCACAUUUUUUAAGAUUACAAGAAAAACUGUACAUUUAAAAAUAACACAAAAUCUGAAAAAAGUAACAUUUGGCGAUACAUGUUUCACAUAUUUCAGAUUAAAGGAAAGGAAACUUUUGAAACUUCAAAGUAACACAAAAAUCGGACGAUUUUUUUCGAGAACUAUGUUUUGUGUAUUUUGGAUUAGAAGAAAUACAAAUUUAAUAUUCGGUGAUAAGUUAAAAUUUUAGGAAAAAUAACAUUUGGAGAUACAUGUUUUACAUGUUUCGGAUAAAAAGAAGGAGCAUUUUUUUAAACUUAAUAAGUAACACAAAAAUGUGAUUUUUUUUUUUUCCACGUUAUGUUUCACAUUUUUUAAGGUUACAAGAAAAGCUGUAUAUUUAAAAAUAACACAAAAUCUGAAAAAAGUAACAUUUGGCGAUACAUGUUUCACAUAUUUCAGAUUAACGGAAAGGAAACUUUUGAAACUUAAAAGUAACACAAAAAUUGGAAGAUUUUUUUCGAGAACUAUGUUUUGUGUAUUUUGGAUUAGAAGAAAUACAAAUUAAAAAUUCGGUGAUAACUUAAAAUUUUAGGAAAAAUAACAUUUGGAGAUACAUGUUUUACAUGUUUCGGAUAAAAAGAAGGAACAUUUUUGAAACUUCAUAAAUAACACAAAAAUUAGAAAAAAAACAUUUCGAGUUAUGUUUAAAAAAAAUGUAAGAUUAGAAGAAAAACUGUACAUUUAAAAAUAAAACAAAAUCUGAAAAAAGUAACAUUUGGCGAUACAUGUUUCACAUAUUUCAGAUUAAAGGAAAGGAAACUUUUGAAACUUCAAAGUAACACAACAAUCGGAAGAUUUUUUUCGAGAACUGUGUUCUGUGUAUUUUGGAUUACAAGAAAUACAAAUUUAAAAUUCGAUGAUAACCUAAAAUUUUAGGAAAAAUGACAUUUGGAGAUACAUGUUUUACAUGUUUCGGAUAAAAAGAAGGAGCAUUUUUUUAAACUUAAUAAGUAACACAAAAAUUAGAUUUAUUUUUUUUCCGAGUUAUGUUUCACAUUUUUUAAGAUUACAAGAAAAGCUGUGCAUUUAAAAAUAACACAAAAUCUGAAAAAAGUAACAUUUGGCGAUACAUGUUUCACAUAUUUCAGAUUAAAGGAAAGGAAACUUUUGAAACUUCAAAGUAACACAAAAAUCGGAAGAUUUUCUUCGAGAGCUAUGUUUUGCCUAUUUUGAAUUACAAGAAAUACAAAUUUAAAAUUCGGUGACAACUUAAAAUUUUAGGAAAAAUAACCUUCGGAGAUACAUGUUUUACAUGUUUCGGAUAAAAAUAAAAAAUGUUAAACUUCGUAAAUAACACAAACAUUUGAAGUAUUUUGUUCAAGAAAUAUGUGUUACAUAUUUAGGAUUAGAAGAUGCAAAAACUUGAAGAGAAAAACGAGGGAAAAGUGAAAAAGUCGAGACACGUCUUUUUUUUAUUUCAGCUAAAAUAGAAGCAAACUCUGGAAUCAUGGCGACAAAACUAACGAUUAUUUUUACGUUUUUUUCAUAAAAAGAUCUUCAAAAUUUAGUUUAGCAUGCAUUUGGAAUAAAAAUAACUACAAUUGUGGCGGUAACACAAUAUUCUUAUUUGCAGAUUUAUUUUUUCAGACCAAUAAUACAAAAAUCUAAACUUUAAAAUGCUUGUUUUCUAUUAUUCGUAAAACAAUAGAAAAUAACUAAGCACGUAUUUGAAAAUAGCUUAAAAAAAAUGUAUAUAAACCUCAAAGUAAAAUGGCUGACAGUGGCGUGUUAUUGGGAAAUGAUUACUUUUUGCUGACUGUGCGGACACGUUCACCACUUCGUACUUUACUCGUGUGUUGUGGAAGUUCGGUCAUUCGUACGAUAGCUUUAACUCCUCGUCACACAACCCCCGACUUUCCCCUUCGAGUCGUGCACUUUUCUGAAAAGGAGUUGUAACUCUCUACGCCGUUUUUUUGUGUUUGUUACGUACUUGCUAGGGUCGGGUAACGGUUUGAUGUUUGAAGGUUUUUUUGGUCUGGUAAUGUCCGAUAUAACAGUUCUUCUUCUUCUUAUUAUUAGCUACGUUUUUAUUGUUGCUUUACGAGAAUCACGAUCUGUCUUUUUGAGCACGAGCGCACAUGACAGCUUCCAUUUGAAACGACCACGUCUUGACAGUGACAUUCGAAAAGCCGAUCAAUUCAAACCAAAUUUCCCCGAUAUCGUAUAAUUAUUAUGUUGUUUGCCGGCGUUUGUUUAUUUUUGUCCGCAUGUACCGUUGGAAACGGGUGUAUGCGACCCCGUUCCCGGGCGGAUCUCGAUCAUUUUGCAAUGCAGUCUGCAGAAAAUGAUGGAAAGCGCCACUCCACACGCUGUGGUCAGAGUUGGGAUUGCCACAAAAAAAACAUUUUCAGAUAUUCGACACUCUACUGCCAUCUGGCGGCUAAAUUGGAUAGUAGGGGUGUAAAAAAAAAUUUAAAAAUUCAAAUUAAUCGCGAUUGUUAUGUGUAACGAUUCUGAAUCAAUUUUAAAAAAUCCAAAAAAAUAUUUUUAUUUAAUUUUUUUUCUCUACAAUCACUUUGGUAAAUGUUUAGGUCAAAUUUUAUCAAGCAAAACCAUUUUUUUCUUUUAAGAGCUGUUUAUCUAUCUUAUGGAGGAACGUAGUUAAUUCUAGAACUAGCACACAAUGUUGUUGAAAAAGUACUGAUUUUGAAUCGGGAAUCCUUUUAAGUCGAGAAUCGAUUCUGAAUCGAAUUGUUAACCCCAAAAAUCGAAUCAAUGGAAUCGUGCCGUGCCCAAAUAUUCACAGCCCCAGUGGAGAGUGCGCCCUUUAUUCGUCACGUUUCGUGUCGGGUAAAUGCUAACGAAUGGCGCCGUACUGUAUUUUGAAUCAAGAAUCGUUUUAAAUGGAGACUCGAUUCUGAAUCAAAUUGUUUUCCCCCAAGAAUCAAAUCGUGCUGUGCCCAAUCAUUCACAGCCCUAGUGGCUACUGCGCCCUUUAUUUGUCACGUUUCAUGUGUCAGGUAAAUGGUGACGAAUAUGGCCAUACUGUAUUCCAGUAUUUUGAAUCAAGAAUCGUUUUUACCCGAGAAUCGAUUCUGAUUCAAAUUGUUGCCGCCAGGAAUCGAAUCGGGCGGUGCCCAAAUAUUCACAGCCCUAGUGGAUAGUGCGCCCUUUAUUCGUCACGUUUCAUGUGUCGGGUAAAUGCUGACGAAUAUAGCCAUACUGUAUUAAUGGAUUUUGAAUAAAGAAUCGUUUCAAAUCGAGACUCGAUUCUGAAUCAAAUUGUUUUCCCCCAAGAAUCGAAUCUUGCGGUGCCCAAAUAUUCACAGCCCUAGUGGAUAGUGGGCUCUUUAUUCGUCACGUUUCGUGUGUCGGGUAAAUGCUGACGAAUGGGGCCAUACUGUAUUCCCGUAUUUUGAAUCAAGAAUCGUUUUUACUCGAGAAUCGAUUCUGAAUCAAAUUGUUGCCCCCAGGAAUUGAAUCGGGCAGUACCCAAAUAUUCACAGCCCUAGUGGAUAGUGCGCCCUUUAUUCGUCACGUUUCGUGUGUCGGGUAAAUGCUGACGAAUGGCGCCAUACUGGAUUUUGAAUCAAGAAUCGUUUUAAAUUAAGACUCGAUUCUAAAUCAAAUUGUUUUCCCCCAAGAAUCGAAUCGUGCAGUGCCCAAUCAUUCACAGCCCUAGUGGCUAGUGCACCCUUUAUUCGUCACGUUUCAUGUGUCAGGUAAAUGGUGACGAAUAUAGCCAUACUGUAUUCCAGUAUUUUGAAUCAAGAAUUGUUUUUACUCGAGAAUCGAUUCUGAUUCAAAUAGUUUCCCCCAGGAAUCGAAUCGUGUGGUGCCCAAAUAUUCACAGCCCUAGUGGAUAGUGCGCCCUUUAUUCGUCACGUUUCAUGUGUCGGGUAAAUGCUGACGAAUAUAGCCAUACUGUAUUAAUGGAUUUUGAAUAAAGAAUCGUUUCAAAUCGAGACUCGAUUCUGAAUCAAAUUGUUUUCCCCCAAGAAUCGAAUCUUGCGGUGCCCAAAUAUUCACAGCCCUAGUGGAUAGUGGGCUCUUUAUUCGUCACGUUUCGUGUGUCGGGUAAAUGCUGACGAAUGGCGCCAUACUGUAUUCCCGUAUUUUGAAUCAAGAAUCGUUUUUACUCGAGAAUCGAUUCUGAAUCAAAUUGUUGCCCCCAGGAAUUGAAUCGGGCAGUACCCAAAUAUUCACAGCCCUAGUGGAUAGUGCGCCCUUUAUUCGUCACGUUUCGUGUGUCGGGUAAAUGCUGACGAAUGGCGCCAUACUGGAUUUUGAAUCAAGAAUCGUUUUAAAUUAAGACUCGAUUCUAAAUCAAAUUGUUUUCCCCCAAGAAUCGAAUCGUGCAGUGCCCAAUCAUUCACAGCUCUAGUGGCUAGUGCACCCUUUAUUCGUCACGUUUCAUGUGUCAGGUAAAUGGUGACGAAUAUAGCCAUACUGUAUUCCAGUAUUUUGAAUCAAGAAUUGUUUUUACUCGAGAAUCGAUUCUGAUUCAAAUAGUUUCCCCCAGGAAUCGAAUCGUGUGGUGCCCAAAUAUUCACAGCCCUAGUGGAUAGUGCGCCCUUUAUUCGUCACGUUUCAUGUGUCGGGUAAAUGCUGACGAAUAUAGCCAUACUGUAUUAAUGGAUUUUGAAUAAAGAAUCGUUUCAAAUCGAGACUCGAUUCUGAAUCAAAUUGUUUUCCCCCAAGAAUCGAAUCUUGCGGUGCCCAAAUAUUCACAGCCCUAGUGGAUAGUGGGCUCUUUAUUCGUCACGUUUCGUGUGUCGGGUAAAUGCUGACGAAUGGCGCCAUACUGGAUUUUGAAUCAAGAAUCGUUUUAAAUCGAGACUCGAUUCUGAAUCAAAUUGUUUUCCCCCAAGAAUCGAAUCUUGCGGUGCCCAAAUAUUCACAGCCCUAGUGGAUAGUGGGCUCUUUAUUCGUCACGUUUCGUGUGUCGGGUAAAUGCUGACGAAUGGCGCCAUACUGGAUUUUGAAUCAAGAAUCGUUUUAAAUCGAGACUCGAUUCUGAAUCAAAUUGUUUUCCCCCAAGAAUCGAAUCUUGCGGUGCCCAAAUAUUCACAGCCCUAGUGGAUAGUGGGCUCUUUAUUCGUCACGUUUCGUGUGUCGGGUAAAUGCUGACGAAUGGCGCCAUACUGGAUUUUGAAUCAAGAAUCGUUUUAAAUCGAGACUCGAUUCUGAAUCAAAUUGUUUUCCCCCAAGAAUCGAAUCGUGUGGUGCCCAAAUAUUCACAGCCCUAGUGGCUAGUGCACCCUUUAUUUGUCACAUUUCAUGUGUCGGGUAAAUGCUGACGAAUGGCGCCAUACUGGAUUUUGAAUCAAGAAUCGUUUUAAAUCGAAACUUGAUUCUGAAUCAAAUUGUUUUCCUCCAAGAAUCGAAUCGUGCGGUUCCCAAAUAUUCACAGCCCUAGUGGAGUGUGCGCCCUUUAUUCGUCACGUUUCGUGUGUCGGGUAAAUGCUGACGAAUAUAGCCAUUUUGUAUUAAUGGAUUUUGAAUAAAGAAUCGUUUCAAAUGGAGACUCGAUUCUGAAUCAAAUUGUUUUCCCCCAAGAAUCGAAUCGUGCGGUGCCCAAAUAUUCACAGCCCUAGUGGAUAGUACACCCUUUAUUCGUCACGUUUCGUGUGUCGGGUAAAUGCUGACGAAUGGCGCCAUACUGUAUUUUGAAAAAAAUAAUCGUUUUAAAUGGAGACUCGAUUCUGAAUCAAAUUUUUUUCCCCCAAGAAUCGAAUCGUGUGGUGCCCAAAUAUUCACAGCCCUAGUGGCUACUGCACCAUUUAUUCGUCACGUUUCGUGUGUCGGGUAAAUGCUGACGAAUGGCGCCAUACUGGAUUUUGAAUCAAGAAUCGUUUUAAAUGGAGACUCGAUUCUGAAUCAAAUUGUUUUCCCCCAAGAAUCGAAUCGUGCGGUGCCCAAUCAUUCACAGCCCUAGUGGCUAGUGCACCCUUUAUUCGUCACGUUUCAUGUGUCAGGUAAAUGGUGACGAAUGGGGCCAUACUGUAUUCCCGUAUUUUGAAUCAAGAAUCGUUUUUACUCGAGAAUCGAUUCUGAUUCAAAUUGUUGCCGCCAGGAAUCGAAUCGGGCGGUGCCCAAAUAUUCACAGCCCUAGUGGAUAAUGCGCCCUUUAUUCGUCACGUUUCAUGUGUCGGGUAAAUGCUGACGAAUAUAGCCAUACUGUAUUAAUGUAUUUUGAAUAAAGAAUCGUUUCAAAUCGAGACUCAAUUCUGAAUCAAAUUGUUUUCCCCCAAGAAUCGAAUCGUGUGGUGCCCAAAUAUUCACAGCCUUAGUGGCUAGUGGGCUCUUUAUUCGUCACGUUUCGUGUGUCAGGUAAAUGCUGACGAAUGGCGCCAUACUGGAUUUUGAAUCAAGAAUCGUUUUAAAUCGAGACUCGAUUCUGAAUCAAAUUGUUUUCCCCCAAGAAUCGAAUCUUGCGGUGCCCAAAUAUUCACAGCCCUAGUGGAUAGUGGGCCCAUUAUUCGUCACGUUUCGUGUGUAAGGUAAAUGCUGACAAAUGGGGCCAAUACUAAAGAAUUAUUGUGUUAUUUGGGUGCAUUUGUUUACUUUUUUCCCCUCGUAUUUAAAAAAUCCCAACUACCGACCACAGCGCUUUGCGAUCAGUUCGGAAACUGAACCCGAUUCCUUCACGUUGUCCACAUCAGAGUGAAGAGAAUUUCCGUGGCUUUUCAAGCUAUUCAAAUGACAAAAUGAGAGCAUAAUUUGGAAAUAAAUCGUAAACUACUACGUGUUGUGUUUAUUCCACCAAAAAUGUACUUCGGCGCACAAAAGCCGGCCUGACUUUGUUGUUUUGUAUCGUAACGCCCUUAGGUUCGAGUGCAAGGACGUCGAAGCCGAUAAGUCGGACGUUAAAAUGCGCCGUGAUGUCGUUUUCCAGCCAAACCGCAAAAUAUUUGGCGUCUAUGUUGUACAUGCUUUUCUGUAUUUUCUUAACUAGUAUUUGGCGCACUGUAAUACGAUGUACAAGUACCGCUUUGUGUUGACAUCAAAUUGUACAAGGAAUCCCAAAAGUUGUCGUACUGCUGUUCACGCCUUUGGACGCUCCCCAAAAACGUUUGAAUUGUGUCACCCGAGUCAUUUUUUUUUUUUCUUCCAUAUUUUCUAGAUUUUGUCUCUCUGCUGUUCCUGGGAAAUGUUUGUGUGUAUUAAAGGAGGAGAGGAGCGCCACAUUCCCAUACACAUUUUGUAUUGGUUCAUAAAUAGACAUUUUUACAAAAAAAAAACAAUAAAGAGUUCUUGUCUUAAUAAAAAAGAAAUGAUAUCAAUGUCCAAAACAACACGUCUUGUUAUUGUCGGUCCGAUGAAAAGCAUCUGUCUCCAAGUUCGGGAAAAAUACGUUG